AUGCGCUCCGUGUCGGUGGGGAUUCUCUCCAUUGGAGAAAUGGGGCUUGGUAUCGCGAAGCUUUUGAAAGCCCAUGGAUAUCGUGUUCUCACCGUAGGUGAGGGUAGAAGUGAGCAUACUCUAGCCCGAAUCCGGGCAGCGUCGAUCGAAUCUUUACAAUCUGAUGAGGAACUGGUGGUAUCCUCGGACUAUAUCUUAUCCAUCGUACCUCCCAGAGAUGCGCUUACUACGGCUCGUCGAGUUGCAACUGCAAGCCAGCUCCCCAGCACGAGUACGAAACGACAAAGCAUUGAAGACACCGAUGGACUGCUCACACGACGUCAACCCUACUAUCUCGACCUGAACGCCAUCUCAGCUCGCCUAUCAGCCGAAGUGGGUUCUCUGUUUGCGGGGAAUCAAUCCGCGUUAUGUCACUACCUCGAUGGAGGAAUCAUCGGACCCCCGCCAUCCAAUGACUCGCCAAAAGCACACUGGACGAAACCCAGUCUGAUAAUCUCGGGUGACGUGGAGCUUCCCGCCUCAUUCCCCAGACUGGCAGAAGUGCUGAACAUGAAGUUGGUGUCUGCCAAGAUUGGUGCGGCAUCGACAUUGAAACUCUCGUUUGCUGCCCUGACGAAGGGACUCACCGCACUUUCAAUCUUGUCGUUCUCCACGGCGCAGCGGGAAUCGUUGCUUCCGGAGUUGCUGAAGCAUCUGGACGAGUAUGCUCCGGCUGUUGGAUCUACGGCUAAAAAGGGGGUUGUUGGGAUGGCGCCCAAGGCGUAUCGGUGGGUGGACGAGAUGCAAAUGAUCGGAGAGGCAUUUGACACCGAGGGACACUGGGACGGAAUUGGAGCGGGGGUUUAUGAUAGUUUCGCGGAGGUGUAUCGGAGCAUUGCGGAGGAUACGGUGUUGAAAAAGGAGAAGACGGGAGAUCGCAGGAGAGGAACAACGGUUGAAGAUGCAGCGGAAAUCAUAAGCAGUGGCCGGGAAGACUCAAUGAAACAAGAGAAAGUGAGGAGUACAGAGUAA